AGAUUGUCGAACAUCUUGCAACGUUACGGAUUGUAGUCUAUCUGUUGUAGAGGGUUUGGUCAGUAGCGGAUAUUUUAAAUUACACAUAAUUUGUAAAUAUUUUUGGAAUUUAAUGAGUUUUCUUCAAAAACUUCUUGUAUUAUGGAUCGUAUGUGAAUCAAAGUUGAAUUAAUAGUAUAAUAUAUCUCAUUAUCGCUCAAUAGAGAAUAUUUUAACAAAUAAAUUUAACUAGUGGAAAAAUGAUUCAACCCGAAAUAGACAUAAGUAGAGCAGUUAUUAGACGUCCUUUGUGUGUUAGCGAUGCUCCUCAUGAAAAAAAUUCGAAAGAACAAUUUAUUAAUCGAAUUCAUAAGAUCAAGGAAAAAUCUCAAGAAGUUAUAACGGCGAAGUGGUGGAAGAAAAAAAUUCUGAGUACUUUCCCGUUUAUUGGUAUUUUUGGACAGUACAGUUUAAGGGAAGAUUUAGUCGGUGAUGUUGCUUCCGGUUUAACUGUUGGAAUUAUGAAUAUACCACAGGGAAUGGCGUAUGCUUUUCUUGCAUCACUUGGUCCAGUAUAUGGACUCUAUGUUUCAUUCUUUCCAAUCAUUGUUUACUUUUUUUUUGGAACUUCAAAACACAUCGCGAUAGGAACUGCUUCCAUUCCUUCACUUCUUAUAGGAUCUAUUGUUGAAAGAGAUCUUGCUGAACGUUUUCAACCACCAAUUAAUACAACAAGUACCUCUUUAGAGGAUUCAGAAAUGCAGUAUAAAAUACAAAUUGCUGUUGCUAUGACAUUGAUGGCCGGAAUUUUUCAGAUAAUAAUGAGUUUCCUUCGCUUGGGCGGUGUAACCGUUCUCCUCUCUCCGGCCUUGGUCAGCGGAUUUACAACAGGAGCAGCAGUUCACGUUUUAACGAGUCAAGUCAAGUUUCUAUUUGACAUUCGAAUUCCUCGGCAUUCCGGUUCCUUGAACAUUAUCUACACUUACAUUGACAUUAUAAAGAAAAUUCCAGAAACAAACAUCUGCGCCAUAAUUAUCUCAAUUAUUUGCAUUGUUAUCCUUACCAUAUUUAAAGAAGUCAUUAACCCCAAGUUUAAAGCUAAAUUACGAAUGCCAUUUCCUAUAGAGUUACUACUGGUAAUUAUUGCUACUCUUGCAUCGCACUAUGGUGGUCUUCCAAGUAAAUACUCUGUGACUACUGUGGGAAAAAUUCCAGCUGGUUUCAGUACCCCGACCUUACCCAAAGCAUCAUUUAUUCCUCAUCUUAUAGCAGAUGCAUUUACAUUAUCCGUUAUCUCCUUUACUAUAACUUUAUCUCUGGCAAAGAUAUUCGCCCAGCGUCAUGAUUACAACGUUGAUCCGAAUCAAGAACUUCUAGCAUUAGGUUGGAGUAAUACGAUAUCUUCCUUCUUUAAUUGCUAUGCUUGCUGCGCUUCCUUGUCGAGGAGUAGUGUUCAAGAAUCAGUGGGUGGAAAGACACAGCUUGCUGGUUUGUUCUCGUGUGCAUUAAUUCUAAUAGUCCUACUAGCCGCUGGUCCACUUUUUCAGCCAUUACCAAAAUUGGUUUGGAUUGUGGCCUUUGUCGGAGUCGUUAUCUUGGACGUGGACAUUGGUUUAGGUUUAGGAGUCAUGUUCUCCCUACUAACAGUCGCAUUUCGGUCUCAUUAUUCAAAAGUUCGAAUUUUGGGAGUUGUUCCUGGCUCGGAAUUGUAUACAGAUUUUAAUGAUACAAAAACUGUAGAAGAACUUCCAGGAUUAAAGAUAUUGAAAUUAGAGAAUCCGUUAAAUCAUAUAAGCAGCCAACCAUUUAAAAGUAGAGUUUAUCAUUUAUCUGGAAUAAACCCGGAAAAAAAGAAGAAAGAAGUAUUAAGGAAACCGACAGCGUCAACUACGGAUGAUAAACAGGAUUCUAUCACAGCGGAACUAGCUGAGAAUGGUUUAUCAGAGGCGGAUGCACUGCACAGAAAUAGCUUAAAAACAAUUAUUUUCGAUUGUUCCGCAAUUGCACACAUGGAUUCUGCCGGUCUUCAUUGUCUCCUAAAUUUAAUGAAUGAUUACAAAGCCGUCGAUAUAACCGUUUUGUUGGCUUGUUGCACAAGUCCGACUAGAAACAUGCUGCGAACUGUUGAAUCUCUAUGGGAUGACUGGCGACAUCUGGUAUUUAAUACUGUACACGAUGCCGUUUUGUUUCAUUAUUAUGGGAGAGAAACUGAAAAGUUGGAAGUUCACGUUCGAUCAAGCAAUACAAAUGUGUAG